AACUCGUGCACCUGCUUAUCCUGAAAUCGAAAGUUUUUUAGCAAUUUGGUUUAUGCAAGCACUUUCUGCAAAUCAAACAAUUAUAGGAGAUAUUUUAAAAGCAAAAGCAUGUAUUUUUGCACAAAUGCUCAAUAUAGAAAAAUUUUCUGCAUCAGAUG